AAUAUACUUGGCAAAAAAAAAAAAUAAUUCACCAAAACACAGCCAUACAUUUCUUUGCUCAAUGGGGCUUCCAAGCUUAAGCUUGAGCAUGUCAUGGCUAGUACACAAUUUGCAUAUUCAUCUAGUACUCUUUUGUUGUUUGAGCAUUCUCAACUCCGGCUUUACUGCUACCACAUCCAGCUCCUGGCUAAUGGGGAACGAGUCGGACCGACUUUCAUUGCUAGCAAUUAAGGCCAAAAUAGUUGAGGAACCACUGCAUGUUUUGAGCUCCUGGAAUGACUCUAUCCACUUCUGCCAAUGGCAGGGCGUUACGUGUGGCCGCAGGCAUCAGAGGGUCACUGCCUUGGACUUACAUUCCCGAGAACUGGUGGGAUCGAUAUCACCACACCUUGGGAAUUUAAGCUUUCUGAGGGAAUUACUGCUUCAGAACAAUAGCUUUGGCAAUGAAAUUCCCCCAGAGAUUGGCCGUUUGCCAAGGCUGCAGAUUUUGCAGCUGAACAACAACUCAAUUGAUGGCCGAAUUCCUGUAAAUAUAUCUCGUUGCGCUAACCUUAUUUUCCUCAAUUUUUCUAACAAUGGGCUGGUAGGAGAAGUUCCUGUGGAGCUUGGAUCCUUGUCAAAGCUCGUGAUAGUAAUGAUAUACAAGAACAAUCUUACAGGGAGUAUCUCUCCUUUUGUGAAUUUGUCAUCUCUUCGCGGAUUGUCUUUAGCCUACAACCACUUUGAUGGCAGCAUUCCUGAUGGUUUUGGUCGACUGAAGAAUCUUCAGCAGCUUGCACUCGGCGUAAACAACUUGUCUGGCACCAUCCCUCCUUCGCUCUUCAACCACUCUUCUCUCAUAGUGUUUGAUGUCAUUAUGAACCAAAUUCAGGGAAGUCUUCCCAGGGACUUGGGCAUCACUCUUCCCAAUCUUGAAUUCUUCGGCAUUGGUCUUAACCAUUUUACUGGAUCAAUUCCAGUUUCAAUAUCGAAUGCAUCUAAACUCCACCGCCUAGAAAUGCCUAAAAACAAAUUUACUGGAAAGGUUCCUAAUUUAGCGGGGCUCCAUAACCUCGAUCGCCUAAUCCUUACAGGGAAUCAACUUGGAUUGGGGGAAGCCGAUGACUUGAACUUCAUCUCUUCUUUGAUCAAUGCCACCAAUUUACAGGUUUUGGGCGUGAACAUUAACUAUUUUGGCUGCAAGUUGCCAGAGUCCAUCGGUAAUCUCUCGAGUAAUCUUCAAGUUUUGUAUCUAGACAACAAUCAGAUAUUCGGAAGCAUUCCAGCCGGGAUUGUAAAUCUUGUUGGCUUGCAGAGUUUGGAUGUUCAGGUUAACCAACUCACCGGUAGCAUUCCAAGUGAGAUUGGAAAGCUUCAAAAUUUACAGGAAUUGAGGCUCAGCUACAAUUCAUUGUCUGGUAACAUUCCAUCCUCCAUAAGAAAUCUAAGUUUGUUAAGUAUACUUUUUUUAGGAGUCAAUAAUUUUCAGGGAAACAUUCCUUCAAGCCUAGGGAAUUGUAGCAAUUUGCAAUGGUUGCUUCUUGAGCGAAACAACCUUAAUGGUACCAUACCAAAACAAGUUGUUUGUAUCUCAUCCUUAUCUAUAUAUCUAGACCUAUCCCAAAACCAAUUGAGUGGUUCUCUUCCCGUGGAAGUUGGAAAUUUGGUAAAUCUCGGUUCCUUGGAUGUCUCGCACAACUUGUUUUCGGGUGAAAUUCCGAGCACUCUUGGCAGCUGCACAAGCCUGGAAACGCUGUGUUUGGGGAACAACUUUUUCAACGGAACCAUUCCUUCUUCUUUCAGAUUCUUGAGAGGCCUUAGAGAGUUGGAUCUCGCGAACAAUAGUUUGUCAGGUGAAAUUCCAGUGUACUUGGAGAGCUUCAGCUUGCAAGAUUUGAAUCUAUCUUUUAAUAAUUUUGAAGGAGUAGUACCAACACAAGGUGUAUUUAGUAAUGCAAGUACUAUAUCGGUGGUGGGAAACACUAAGCUCUGUGGGGGCGUAGCUGAAUUAAAGCUACCUAAAUGCAACUUCAAAGUAGAUGAAAAGAGGAGAUCAAACAGUGCCUUAACUUUAUCACUGUCUAUACCCUUUGGUUUUGUAGGACUAGCUCUCAUGGGGUGUGUUCUAUAUCUUUGCUGGUUUAGAAAGAGAAGAAAAGAUAUUCCUUCAGAUUCAUCAAAAAAUUUACUCUCGAGAGUGUCUUACCAAACUCUUCUUAAAGCCACUGAUGGCUUCUCAUCGUUCAAUUUAAUCGGUGUUGGUAGUUUUGGGUCUGUGUACAAAGGAGUUAUUGAUGGAAGAAUUGUCGCUGUGAAGGUAAUUAACCUUUUACGACAUGGAGGUUCGAAGAGUUUUGUAUCUGAAUGUGAGGCAUUAAGAAACAUUAGACAUCGGAAUCUUGUCAAGGUGCUAACGGCAUGUUCGACAAUAGAUUAUCAGGGUCAUGACUUCAAGGCCCUGGUUUAUGAGUUCAUGGUCAAUGGGAGCCUUGAAGAGUGGUUGCAUCCAAAUUGCAAUGAAGAUUUGUCAAAUGAAGAGUUUAAGAAGCUAAACCUUCUUCAGAGACUAGAUAUUAUCAUUGAUGUUGCUUGUGCCCUGAAUUAUCUUCACAACCAGGGCCAAACCCCAAUAGUCCACUGCGAUCUUAAGCCAAGCAACAUUCUUUUGGACAAAGAUAUGACAGGGCAUGUUGGUGAUUUUGGGUUAGCAAAAUUCCUUGCAGACCAUGCCACCCAUGACUUGUCCGCAAAUGAAACAAGCUCUGUUGGCAUAAGGGGAACAAUAGGUUAUACUGCUCCAGAAUAUGGUAUGGGAAGUGAGGUCUCGGCAUACGGUGAUAUCUACAGUUUUGGUAUCCUCAUGUUAGAAAUGUUUACUGGGAAGAGACCCACCGAUGAAAUGUUUAAAGAUGGUUUAAGCCUCCACAGCUUUGUGAAAGAGGCUUUGCCUGGCAGUGUAUUGGAGAUUUUAGACCCAAUACUUUUUCAGACCGAAGGAGAAGAGGAAGAGAGCUUCAUAAUGAGUGAAAAGACUGUGGAGUGGUUGAGUUUGAUACUUGAAAUUGGAGUCAAUUGUUCUUCAGAACUGCCUAGAGAAAGAACAAACAUUAAUGAUGUUGCAGCUAAAUUGCAUUUCAUCAAAGACACUCUUCUAGGUUCUGCCUAGAGAUGAAUUUAUGAGGGAAUCAAUUGGAAUGUAAUGCUUUUGUCUUAAUAAUCCCCUUUCUGGAAGAGAUUACAUGUUUAAUAACAGCCUUACUUCCACAUUGGUUGAGCCAACUCUACGUUUGGUACAUUUAGUGAAAAGGAAUGUAACUUAUUCAAAGAAAGUGUUAGAAUUUGAAAUGUGUUGAUCGGAUU